UGACUUUUAGCCCAAAUACAAUUACUGAUCAAACAGUGACCCCGGGUGGCGUGUGUUCAUCUUCUUCAUCAUCAUCAUUGACAUCGAACCAACACCAUAGAUGGCCGGAGAAAGUGAAACAAGUGUGAGUACCGAAAGUGAGGCAAAGCGACUGGUCGGUACCAAUGACCCGUACGGCGGCGUGAUCGUCCACAUCAAUGAGCCUAUGGACCCUGCUACCUUCCUUUCUCUCAUUACCUCUUCAAUUGCGCAUUGGAAGCUACAGGGCAAGAAGGGUGUUUGGAUCAAGUUGCCUUUAGAUCGAGUCAAUCUUGUCGAAGCAGCAGUGAAGGAAGGAUUCUGGUACCACCAUGCGGAGCCUGAUUAUUUGAUGCUGGUGUAUUGGAUUCCUCAGACCCCUCAUACCCUUCCUGCUAAUGCCACCCACCGAGUAGGAAUUGGCGCAUUUGUCAUCAACCCUAACAGAGAGGUGCUAGUAGUCCAAGAAAAGAGUGGACUGUUACGGGGGACAGGUGUAUGGAAGUUUCCUACUGGAGUUGUAGAUGAGGGAGAAGAUAUUGGUGCAGCCGCUGUGAGAGAAGUCAAAGAAGAAACGGGAGUAAGUAGAUACCAUGCAAUGCAGUUACACUUUAUCAAUUUAAAUGAGUAUUCUUUCUUCAUGUUUCUGGAUUUUCUGUGGUUUCAGAUUGACUCGGAGUUUGUAGAAAUUCUAGCAUUCAGACAAAGCCACAAGUCAUUUUUUGAGAAGUCGGAUUUAUUUUUUGUGUGCAUGAUGCAACCCCUCUCCUUUGACAUCCAAAAGCAUGAUCAAGAGAUAGAAGCAGCCCAGUGGAUGGCAUUUGAGGAAUAUGCAGCCCAACCAUUUGUCCAGAAAAACGAGCUUCUAAACUACAUCAACGACAUCUGCAAAGCGAAGAUAGAUGGGCAGUAUUCUGGAUUUUCUCCAGUACCUACAAUGAGUUUUUCUGAUCAGAAGAUGAGCUACUUGUACUUGAAUGGUAAAGCAACCGAGAGAGACAGCAGAGGUUGAUCAUCAGCCCUUGAAAUUCUACUCUAGCAAGCAAGGGAGUUUUUUUUUUGUUUUUUUGUAAUCCAACAAAUUAUUAAACUAUUUGUGUCUUUCAUCUUUCUAAGAGAUACUGAUCGUUCAGAUCAGACCCAACAAAAGAAAGAUAUACUGAUCAUAAUACAAUCAGAACUUCUUUGCAUUGUAACAACCAACAUUUAAAGAGAUCCAUGAUUUAUUAACCAAUUACCAAAAAGAAAUAUUUGCAUUU